GUGCGGAGACAAGCAAUAGCUUGCUGAUCGAGCAGGAACGAUGGAGCACUCUUUAUAUUAUUACUGCCGCAGCUGGUUGCUUGUAUGCUCCUCGGUUCUCGCGCUGUGCCUCGGUAGCCGGGGCCAGCUGACACCGGGUUUCUACCGCAGCACUUGCCCUCAGCUGUACUACACCGUGCAGCGCCACGUGUUCGACGCCAUGCGAGCUGAGAUGAGGAUGGGCGCCUCCCUCCUCAGGCUGCACUUCCACGACUGCUUCGUCAAUGGGUGUGACGCUUCCAUCCUCUUGGACGGCGACGACGGCGAGAAGUUCGCACUGCCCAACCGGAACUCGGUCAGAGGGUUCGAGGUCAUCGACGCCAUAAAGGCGGAUCUCGAGAGCGUCUGCCCGGAGGUGGUGUCGUGCGCUGACAUCGUAGCCCUUGCCGCCAGCUAUGGAGUCCUCUUUAGUGGAGGGCCUUACUACGAUGUGCUUCUGGGGAGAAGGGACGGGCUGGUGGCCAACCAGUCAGGAGCCAACAGUGGUCUGCCUUCGCCGUUCGAGCCCAUCGACUCCAUCAUUCACAAGUUCGCCGCCGUCGACCUCAACACGACCGACGUCGUGGUCUUGUCAGGAGCCCACACGAUCGGGCGAGCCCGGUGCGCGCUGUUCAGCAACCGCCUGUCCAACUUCUCGGCCACGGAGUCGGUGGACCCGACGCUGGACGCCGGCCUCGCCGAGAGCCUGCAGAGCCUCUGCGCGGGCGGCGACGGCAACCAGACCUCGGCGCUGGACGUCAGCACCCCCAACGCGUUCGACAACGCCUACUACAAGAACCUCCUGCUGGAGAAGGGCCUCCUGUCCUCCGACCAGGGCCUCUUCUCCAGCCCGGAAGGCGUCGCCAGGACGAAAGCUCUGGUGGAGACCUACAGCCAGGACAGCGAGCACUUCUUCUGCCAUUUCGCCUCGUCCAUGAUCAAGAUGGGCAACAUCCCGCUCACGGCCUCCGACGGCGAGAUCCGCAAGAACUGCAGAGUAGCGAACUAAUUAUUAAUAGAAAGUCACGACGAUCAUCCGAUAUCUCACUGUUAUUUCUCGUUUGUUUGUGUCAACUGUGAAGGCAGGCACCUACGUAAGGUUUAUGGGUGCGACGUUAAGCAUGCAGCUACACUAGAUGCUUAAGAAUAAGGACACUGUAAAUGUCCAAAUUGGUCCCACAUGUC